CAGGAGUGUGUCUCUUGUGCGGCUUCUUCAGAACUUCCACAGGAAGCACACAGCACAGCCAUGAAGUGCGCAGCCGGUCUCCUGGUUUUCGCUUCCCUUGUCUUCCUUGUUUCUGCCGAUCACAAAACCGUGUGCGACCUUCAGGAUGCGGAGUUCACCGCAUUGGCGAGUUGCGUUCGUACCGCUCUUGGUGAUGGAGAUCUCGCCAAGAAGCUCGCGACAAUCCGGGCAAAUGCUGACUGCGCUACAGACGCUUGCCUCCAUCGCAAGUUGUGCGAACAAGGCACUCUGAACACUCCGGCUUCAAGCCAAUUCACGCCGGAAGAAAAAGCCGAAUUCCGGAGGCACGCCGUAGCGUGCAAACAAGCGCACCCGUGAAGCUAUAUGGCUCCGAGCUUCGCAGCGUAACAAUGGAAUAGCCCAGCACUGUGAUUAAAAAAAAGACCUAAUAGGUUUUCCUUGUGUUCUUUCAAUGUGUUAUACUGUAAUUGUCCCCAUCUCUCCACCGUAAGAGCGGCAAUAAACUUUACUUCUCAAGUUCUCCAA